UACACAUAAAGGGGUCUUAUAUGCAGUGGUCUAACAAAAUGUGAUACUUUUUAUAAUUUGAUUUUAUUAUUAGACGCACAUUACAAAAUAUUUACGUAACACCGUGCUAUAAAAAGACACGUAACAUAUGAGGAAUUACACAUAAAGGUGUCUUCUACGUAGUGGUCUAACAAAAGGUGAUACUUUUAUAAUUUGAUUUUAUUAUUAGACCGCACAUUAUGAAAUAUUUACGUAACACCGUGCUAUAAAAAGUCACGUAGCAUAUGAAGAGCUACACAUAAAGGGAACUUCUACGUUGUGGUCUACUAAAAUGUGAUACUUUUUAUAAUUUGAUACUAUUAUUAGACCUCACAUUACGAAAUAUUUACAUAACACCGUACUAUAAAAAUUCACGUAACAUAUGAGGAAUUACACAUAAAGGUGUCUUUUACGUAGUGGUCUAAAAAAAUGAGACACUUUUUAUAAUUUGAUUUUAUUAUUAGACCGCACAUUAAGAAAUAUUUACGAACACCGUGCUAUAAAAAGUUAUGUAACAUAUGAAGAAAUUACACAUAAAUGUGCCUUCUACGUAGUGGUUUAACAAAAUGUGAUACUUUUUAUAAUUUGAUUUUAUUAUUAGACCGCACAUUAGCAAAUAUUUACGUAACACCGUGAUAUAAAAAGUCACGUAUAUUAUAUCAUAUCAAACUUAUAGAGUAAUAGUUAUUUUUAAUGUAUCAACUUAAACAAAACAUAAUAUGGUGUGACUUUCGUAAUGAUUAAGACUUAUGUAAAACAUACGGGGAGAGAGAGACAUUUUUUAAGCAUUAAUUUUUUUUAUGUAUGAAUUAAACAAAACAUAAUAGGGUGUGAAUUUUGUAGGGAUUAAGACAUUACGUACAACUUAUGGAGAGAUAGUUAUUUCUUAUGUACCAAUUAAGAAAAACACAAUAGGGAAUGACUUUUAUAAUGAUUAAGUCAUUGCAUAAAACUUAUCGAGGAAUAAUCGUUUCUUAUGUAUCAAUUAAAAAUUAUUAUGCAAGUCUUUCAUAAUAUAAAUUGUAAUGAUAUUUUAAGUUGAUCAUCUCAUCAAUUUUCAUUACACAAAGUUUUAUAAGCUUAGUUAUAUUUUGCAUAAUAGUUUAAUAAAAUGUGAUACUCUUCUUAAUUUAAUUUUCUAAUUAUUUAUUAAAAUUUCUUUAUUAUUAACUACGAUAUUCAAUAUCUCAUCAAUUUGCAUUACAAAAAGGUUCCAUAAGGUAAAUUAAGUUUUACAUAAUAUAUUAGUAGAAUAUGAUACCUUUUCUAAUUUGAUAUUAUUCCAUAAGGUAAGUUAAUUUUACAUAAUAGAUAUGAUAACUUUUCUAAUUUAAUUUUUAUUAUUAGACCACACAUUACAUAAACUAAAUUAUAAAUACAUUACGUAAAAUGGAGGGUAGUUAUUUCAUAUAUUUUAGUUAAGCAAAUAUAUUACAUAAAUCUCGCCGUUGUGAAGCGCGAGCAAAAAACUAGUUGCAAUUAAAGAAAGAAGAAGAAGAAAAAAAACGGACAAAGUACACUUGCUGAACUCUGAUUGAGACAGUGGAACUUCCAAUGCAUGCGAAGGAAAAGGAAAACAGAGAGAAACAGGGAAGGUGGGGAAAAAAAUGGCGACAAUAAUAAAACCAAGGUAGCAGCUGGAGAACCCGUCAGUCACUUCGUCAUGGCGCAAGAACCGCAGGAAGAUGCUGCAAUGGCGGCCUGUACUAAACCCCAUUUCUUUCGCCCACUCCUUCCCGGUUUUGAGCAUCGGCUUUCAAUUCCAGUGGCCUUCUCCGAAAGGUUCUUCGAUGGCGGGGAAAUGGCGGGCGAAACUGCUGCCGUGCUGAGAAGCCCUGGCGGGAAAUCGUACCAGGUGAAGAUCAGUGAUGGCAGAGAGUUCAGUGAUGCGGGUUGGAAGGCGUUCGCUGCGGACCACAGCUUGCAUGUGGGCGAUUUCGUGGUGUUCAGAUAUGAUGCACGUAUGGUGUUCGACGUAAUGAUCUUCGACCCGAGUGCUUGUGAAAGAGUGUACCCUUCUUCUUCUUUUUCUCCAUCGUCGUCUCUUCCGUUCCUCGUCCCUGUCAAGCCAGAGCGUGAAACACCUCCGGUUGAUGAUGAACAACCCGAGACUGAACUAGAUAGCAGAACAACGGAUGAGAGUGGUGAUGAUCAAGUGCAGGAAACUUCAACGGUGAAAGCUGCUGCUGGGUCGGUGCCGAAAGUCCCUUUCUUUGUGGUCACUAUCGGGAGGAACACCCUGAAAAAGAACAGGCUGCCCAUUCCCAAAGAAUUUACGAUGAAGAAUAAUCUGGAAUCUCGUCGUCUUGCUAUGGUUUUGAAUGAAGAGGGAAAUUCUUGGCCGGCACAUUUGAUCAUCACCAACAGGCUUGCCUACCCUAAAUAUAGACCUCAAGUAGUUCUUGGACGAGGUAUCGGUCAAUUCCUGGAAGACAACGGGCUGCAGCUGGGAGAUACUUUCUACUUGGAACUUGUUCAAGGUGGAGAGAAUCCUGUAUUCAGAAUGUCUGGGUUGCAUUCCGAUCCUGAGGCCAUGAAAAGGGAGGUAGAAAAAGAGAGGAAAAAGAUCAAACUAAUGGAGGUAAAGGAGGUGCAAAUUCCUUCUGGGCCAUCUACAGUCAUGCAAAACCAUUUCCUCAUCAAGUUAACCAACCGCUACUUCGACGGAUAUGCACUGCAUAUCCCAAAGGAGUUUGCCCUAAAUAAUGGUUUGAUUGGUUUAAAAUGUGUAAUGAUCCUACGAAAUGAAGAAGGAAGUCCCUAUCCCGUGAAGUUAAGGAGUAGCAAGGCCGGUAGACCUUUCAUCGGAACUGGCUGGUACGACCUAGUAAGAGCAAAUCGCCUAAGAAUCGGAGAUGUCUUGAGGUUUGAACUCGUUGAAACUGGAAUGAACCCUGUUAUGACGUUUAAGGUGGUGUCACAGGAGGAAACCUGCAAUCGAGGGUGAAUACACAGAACUGUAUUGUACUGUCACUCAACAUUGUCUCACUGUCAAAGAAAGUUGUUUAGAGGAGUAAUGGAAAUGCUUAUGGUUUGUAAUCAGCAGCAGCAGCAGCAGUAAUGAAAUAUAUUUCCUUCCAAUUUGUCUUCAUCAAAGUAGCAGUGUGGAUAAGUUGAGAAUGCUCCAAAAGAGGCUGCUGAUAAGUUGGACUUGUAUCACAAGCUACAAAAAGGGUAUAAUUCCUCUGUUUUCAGAAUUACUGUACUAGACAUGCACAAGGGAAAAGCAUGAGUUCUUUGCUCACUGAUUGAUCGUUUAUAAAAGUUUGUGAACCAUUUAUGGAACUAUUUAUACUUGUAAGAAGAAUAUGAUGAAAUUAUUGACAACCAUGAACAAUUAGAAUCACAUCUAUCAUCAAGGUUUUCAUGAAACAUCCAAAUGUCUCACAGAAAUCAUAAAUAUUUGAUCAAAAC